AUAGACAGUAUUUGUGUAUUGGAAACGCGGCUUAACUUAAUGCAGAUUUUUCCGCUGAUUCGGCUGCAAAAGAUGCACUUUUGAGGCGCAGCGAGUGCACCCACGCCCCGAGUUCGAGUGCAGUUGCAGUCGGGAAAGUUUGGAAAGUGCGCGGAGCGAGGAGAGCGACAGACUCGACGUGCUGAGAACACAAAAAAGUGGCAAAAGCGGGGAAAAAGGCAGAAAAACCCACUGAUAAACGGAAAAAUCGGAAAACUGAAAACGAAACCAACCACCGCUUGUAAAACCAGCAUCUAAGCUGCGUUUAAAAAACGGGGAUUAUGGAGUCACAGAAGCGUCCCUCGUUGCAUUUACACACGGAUGUGGCAGCCGGAGGAUCUGGACCAGCUGGAUCUGGAUCUGGAGCUGCAGCUGAGAUGUCGCCCACUUCCGGAUUCCUGCCGGACAUGCCGCAGUGGAAGAAGGACCUCAUCCAGCGCCGCAAGACAAACGUGGCCCGCACCCAGGCGGCCACCAUCGCCUCGCCCACCGAUGGCAGUUGUGGGGCUUUGGCAUCCACUGCCACUUCAUCGGAAGCCAACGCCGCUUCAGGUGCAAUUGCAGAUUCCAUGGAACCGGCGACAAUCAACUGUAGUAGCACUAGUCAAAAGAGAAAUGUGAACACUUCUGAGGAAAAGUCUGAGAAAUCUUCUAUUUCCAAUAUCAAUUCCACCGGAGGUCAUCACUCUGUUACUGCCGUCUCCCUCUCGCCCGAAGCGGCAGCAACAACAACCGUAACAGUAACACCAAUACCAAAGCAGCGAUCGAGUUUACUCAACACAAGAAGUCAGGAGAGAGAGACAGAGAUUCUGAGCGAGAGCGGCGAUAGAGAGAGGGAGAGCGAGUACGAGCCGCCGGCUGUGGUGAGUAGACGGUGUGGUGGAGUUCAGACUGGCACAAUUGGAGCAGCACAAAUCAAAACCCAAACCAAACUAAACCAAAUUUAUUUGAAAACGAAAUGCAAACCGGGACAGAGCGUUGCUGAGGGCGAGCCUUCUUCAGCAAAAGAGACGACGACCAAUAUCGAUAGCAACAAGAGCUGCAAGACCAAGAGUAUUUCCGACAAAUUGCAGAGCAACAAGUUCAUCAUCCAGCAGCAGCAGCAGCAACAACAGAAGCACCAGCAGCAGCAGCAACUGUCGCCCACGAAGGUAACGGUAAAACCGACAAUGGUCGCCAUGCAAGAGAUGAAGAAGACAACCAAACAAAAUGGCCAGCACCGACAUCGCGGCGUUUCGGUGGCCACUGGCGAUGUGGAUGCACCGAAUCCGAUUCCAGACCUACCGGUGGACACCGGCGAGGACCUGAGCUAUGGACCCGGCAUUGUCUCCAAGCUGCGUUGCCGUUACCUGAGCCUAGCGCUCCGCGAAUCCCGCCAGCAGAGCAGCAAGCAGCGUCUGCAGCGUUCCACCAGCCUGAACACUCUGCUAGAUCGCGACGACGACGAGGUGGAAGUGGAGGAGCAGGUGGCCAACCAGGUGCGUGCCAAGUCCACACCGCCGCCCAUUUUGGGUGCCAAACCUACGACAGCCAGGCCAAGUCAGCAGCAACAGGCGCAGCAGUACCAGCGUCCCGUGAGUUUGGGUGCCAAUGGAGGCUCAGCCGUGGGUAAUCAGCCCCUGUCCACGGAUGAGGCUGGCCAACCAGGUGGCAUUGCCAAUGGAGCGGGCAACCGAUCGCGUCACUUCAAGCGCGGCAACGAGGUGAUGAAGCGCGCCCGCUCCGUGGAGGCGCUGCUCUGCGAGAAGUCGCCAUGGAACAGUCAGAGAAUCACCACUGCCGCUGCAGCAACAGCAGCUAUACCAGCCACACCACAGCAACAGCAACCCGCUUCCAAGGCCGCCGCCGUGGCCGCCUCACCUGUCACCUCGCCCACCUGCGUCACCAUCGAGGACAAGAUCCACAAUGCCCGCGAGCGGCUGCACAGCGGCACGGAUGCGGCGCCACCGAAGCGACUGACCUCCAUUAUCGAUGACACCGAACGACCGCCACCGGAUCUGGUCAAGCAGACCCUUAAGAUGUUCGAGGCGAGCGCCAAUCGACGUCCCCGUGCCGCCCAUCGUUCAAACGGGGGCGGUGUGGCCAGCAAGGUGGCCAACUACAAGUCGAUCAUCAAGGAUCAAAAGCCAACAACCGGCUUCGCCUCAUCCACGCCGCUGAGGGGCUCGCAUCAUGCGCAUCCGGACAUAAUACCCCGCCAGAACGAUUCGCCCAUGACGGCGUUGAGUGUGAUGAUGCGACGCAUGGAGCUGCAGGAGCCGGAGACACCCGAAAGGGAACGGGAGCUUCGGGACACGGAGGCUACACCGCAGAGCGAGGCGCCAAGCGAGACUGAGCGAAACGAUCGCGAUCGCGAUGAGGGUGAUGGCGAUGGCGAUGGCGAAGGCGAUGACGAGAGCCACAACAACAACGAUGACGACGACAACGACGACGGCGGCGGCGGCGACAACAGCGACAAUGAGCAACGCGAUAAAAUGGGCGCGGCAGCGGCGGCAGGCGAUAAGCCUAAGCCCCCAACGGAAUCGGCAGCGGGAGGCGCCCAACGAUCAUUCGCUGCCUCGACGGAGAACGUGCAUGUAGCCAGCGGAAGUGCCACUGGCGUACGCAAGCUGACAUCCACAACAACAACAACGAACAACAAUAAUAGCAACAGCAGCACAGGAGAAUCCGGAGGACCAGCGGUGGCCAAACAGAUCGGAGUGAUCCGGCCGCUAUUCAAUAACCAGGGAGCUGGCAGUACACCGCUAACGAGUCGCGAGAUCGAGAAGAAUCGCAUCAAUGAGAUGAAGAAGUCGACGGCUAGCGAAGCCGGUGGAUCUGGAACGGGAGCGGGCUCGGGAUCGGGAUCCUCGCCCACCACUAGUCUCGACACCGUGAUAAACACCAAGGAGGCGAUGGCCAGCAGCGAAACGGAGGCCAGUGCCUCGCCGCGAUGGACGCUGCGCAAGCUGAGGAACCAGAACAAUCAGGCUGCCGGUGGAGGAGGAGGAGGAGGCAGCGGCAUCGGCGGCGGAGGAGGAGGAGCUAGUGGCGGAGGGUCGGGAGCCAGCUCGAGCCAUCAUUCCGCGGAGAACACCUCGAUGGUGUUCAACUUCUCCAAGAGCACCAAGGAGGUGCCCGACUACAUCGAAAGCGACGUUGUGAUCUACAGGCGCAAGCGGGAGUUGCCAAAACCAAAUGAGCCUGGCUUCGUGCUGCUGGGCGAUCUCUCCGUGGAGACGUCGACGGACACGGACUACGAUGAGUACUCCAUGUGCCCGCCAUCGCCGUGCGAUGUGGAGUUCGAGAAUGCCAACAUUGUGAUCGACGGCAAGUCCAGCAUACGCCAGAAACCCAAAGAGUCCACGUUCCGCGUGCAGUUCAACGACACGCUGACGUCGACGUUUGAAUACCCCUCCGAGGCGUCGAUGAGCAUCGAGGAUCCGCCGUACGCGGAUCCCUUCGGGCAUGUGAGCAAGCACCACCAGCUGCUGCUGGCGGAGCAGAUGCACCUGCUGCAGCACCAGCAGCAGUUGGAGCUGGAGCAGAUGCGCCAGUUGGGGCUGCAGGAGCAGCACCACCACGUCACCGUUGACGAGAUCAUCGAGUUGCCCACAUCGACGGCGGGACAUGGACAUGGAGUUGGACAUGGACAUGGGCUGGGCAUUGGACACAGGGCGGGGCCCGCGGGGGGCGGUACGAUGCUGGGGAAUUUACCGUUGGGCUCCACCGCUCUGGGUUUCUACACGCCCAUGAAGGGCUCGCCGAUGGACAACCUCUUCCAGCUGGGCGUCACCCGGUACGCCCUGCCCGAGAGCAGCAGCAGCGGGAGCAGCAACGGGACCCACAGCCCCAGCAGCAACGGGGGCAGUCCGGCCGGCGGCCGAUUGAUGUUCAACGGCAAUGGCAGCAUCGUCGGCAUCGGCGAGGGACUGAUCAAGGACGAAGACUUGGCAACCACGGAUGCGACGGCAUCGUCGGCGGCAGCGGGAUCCGGAUCCGGAUCUGGAUCUGGAGCUGGAACUGGAGCAGCAACAGGAGCAGGUGCCUCCUCCAAAAUGGGCUCGGCCGUGGACGAUGAUGAUUACCAUCUGACGGCGACGCCGGGCGGCGGAGUUGUGUACAGCGAGGGCACACAGAAGACCGAUCUGUUGUACUGAGUCUAAGUCCUCCUGCCAGCCAAAAUACAGAGCGCGAGGAGCUCUUUAUCUACCGGUUUCCAAACUCCCAUCAUAGCACCCGUUAACCGUUAACCGUUACCCGUUACCAUUCCCUUAAUUGAAAAGCGUGCGCUUAGGUGAAAUAUCAAUUUCGGUUAGACACAAAAAAAAAAAAAAAGAAACACGUAACGAAAAAAAGUUAAAUAACAAGGCAACGUAAACCAAGUAUGGCAAGAAAUCCAUUAAGAUACGUAUAUAAAUAGAUAUUAUUUGUAAGUUUGUAGGCCUAGAGAUCCAAUGUGUAUGUGUACUACAGAAAGCGUGUGUGUCUGUUUUCUAUAUAUAUAUAUAUAUAUGGUUUUUUUUUUUCGAUAAAUUAAUAAUUAUAUUAUUGUAAUGUAUCUACGGCACUGAAUGAACAACUUUGCUGCUUUAAUUGUAUUUGUAUUGUGUAUUCCAUUUACGGCAUUUUGAUAGUAUAUAUACAACAACAACAAAUCAACGUAUUUCCGUUUGCAUCCGAAGGUAACUUAGAUCUUCUUAAUCUACGAAGCGAGCGGUUAAGUCCGUUGGAGUAUUAACUUAACGAUCCCCAUCAUCCCUUUUCGCGACCCUUCCACUUCUUCCGCAUUUCAAAACCCCUUUCGGAAGAAAGCAAAAGAAAAUGUAACAUUGCCUCAUAAUUAUUAUAUACAUUAGCGCUUAUUAAAUAUUUUGUACAAUUGUAUUCCGUAAAUAAAUAUUAAUAUACAUCAACAUUAAAUUCUUAUUUAAAGUAUGGCUUUAUAAGCAUCAGAAAAAGUUGACAUCAAUGUUUAAAUUAAAAGAAGUACUAAAGCAUUUUAAUGAUUUGUAUAAAAAGAUAGAAACGUAAAAAAAACUUUUUGCUGAGUAUUGAUUUUGAAAA